CCUGGCCCUGACUCACUUCCCUGCGGAGCAGGGCCUCAGGUGAAAAGUUUACCGGCUCCACCUGCCCUCCACCCUGCCUUAUAGCUCCCCUCCCAGCGGGGCCUGUGCCCCACAACCCUGGGGUUCGGAGAGCACCAAGCAACCCUGCCCUCCGUCCUCUCCACGGGCACCCACCACCAUGGCAGCCCUGGCAGCCCGCGUCUCCAAGCAGCGGGCGGCCGCCGAAGGCCUGGGCUCCAACCAGAACGCCGUGAAAUACCUGGGCCAGGACUUCGAGACCCUCAGGCAGCAAUGCUUGGACUCAGGGGUCCUGUUUAAGGACCCAGAGUUCCCGGCGUGCCCAUCAGCCUUGGGCUACAAGGACCUUGGACCCUGCUCCCCCCAAACUCAAGGCAUUGUCUGGAAGCGGCCCCCGGAGUUGUGCCCCAGCCCCCAGUUUAUCGUUGGCGGAGCCACACGCAGAGACAUCUGUCAGGGCGGCCUCGGAGACUGCUGGCUUCUGGCGGCCAUCGCCUCCUUGACCUUGAACGAGGAGCUGCUUUACCGGGUGGUGCCCAGGGACCAGAACUUCCAGCAGAGCUACGCAGGAAUCUUUCAUUUCCAGUUCUGGCAGUACGGCGAGUGGGUGGACGUGGUGGUGGAUGACCGGCUGCCCACCAAGGACGGGCAGCUGCUCUUCCUGCACUCGGAAGAAGGCAGCGAGUUCUGGAGCGCCCUGCUGGAGAAGGCCUAUGCCAAGCUCAACGGCUCUUACGAGGCUCUCGCCGGGGGGUCCACCGUGGAGGGGUUUGAGGAUUUCACAGGGGGCAUCUCUGAGUUCUUCGACCUGAAGAAGCCGCCGGCCAGCCUGUACCAGAUCGUCCGGAAGGCGCUCCGCAGGGGCUCUCUGCUGGCCUGCUCCAUCGAUGUCUCCAGCGCGGCCGAAACAGAAGCUCUCACCAGCCGGAAGCUGGUCAAGGGUCAUGCGUACUCUGUCACCGGAGCCGAGGAGGUGGAUUUCCGUGGCCGCCCGGAGAAGCUGGUCAGACUCAGGAACCCGUGGGGCGAAGUGGAGUGGACGGGAGCCUGGAGUGACAACGCCCCAGAGUGGAGUUACAUAGACCCCAGGCAGAAGGAGGAGCUGGACAAGAAGGCCGAGGACGGGGAGUUUUGGAUGUCUUUUUCGGAUUUCCUGAGGCAGUUCUCUCGCCUGGAGAUCUGCAACCUGUCCCCGGACUCCCUGAGCAGCGAGGAGGUUCACAAGUGGAACCUGGUCCUGUUCAACGGCCGCUGGACACGGGGCUCCACCGCCGGUGGCUGCCAGAACUACCCAGCCACUUACUGGACCAAUCCCCAGUUCAAAAUCCGUUUGGACGAGGCGGAUGAGCACCAGGAGGAAGGCACGGGCGAGCCCGGCUGCACCGUGCUGCUGGGCCUGAUGCAGAAGAACCGCAGGCGGCAGAAGAGGAUGGGGCAGGGCCUGCUGAGCAUCGGCUAUGCUGUCUACAAGGUCCCCCCAGAGCUGGAGAGGCACACGGAUGUGCACCUGGGCCAGCGCUUCUUCCUGGGCCGCCAGCCCUCGGCCCGGUCCAGCACCUACGUCAACCUGCGGGAGGUCUCCGCCCGGGCCCGGCUGCCGCCGGGGGAGUACCUGGUGGUGCCGUCCACCUUCGAGCCCUUCCAGGACGGCGACUUCUGCCUGAGGGUGUUCUCGGAGAAGGGCGCCAGGGCCCUGGAAAUGGGGGACAUGGUAGCCGGAAAGCCACACGAGCCACAUCCCAGCGAGGGGGAUCAAGUCGAUGGCCAGAUCCGCAGCCUGGUCGGGAAGCUGGCAGGGAAGGGCUCUGAGAUCAGCGCCAGGGACCUCAGGGCUGUCCUCAAUGAGGCGUUCUCCACACGAAUGGACAUAAAGUUCGACGGCUUCGACAUCAACACCUGCAGGGAGAUGGUCAGCCUGAUGGACAGCAAUGGGACGGGCACCUUGGAAUUCGCAGAAUUCAAGACACUGUGGUUGAAGAUUCAGAAAUAUCUGGAGAUCUACCUGGAGACCGACGACAACCACUCGGGGACCAUUGACGCCCACGAGAUGAGGACAGCCCUCAGGAAGGCUGGAUUCACGCUCAGCAACCAGGUGCAGCAGGGCAUCGCCAUGAGGUACGCGUGCAGCAAGCUCAGCAUCGACUUUGACGGCUUCGUCGCCUGUAUGAUCCGCCUGGAGACCCUCUUCAAACUGUUCGCGCUUCUGGACAAGGACCAGGAUGGCGCCGUGCAGCUCUCUCUGGCCGAAUGGCUGUGCUGCGCGUUGGUCUGACCCAGGGUCCCGGACUUCGGUGACGCCCCCUGCUGGCCGGCCUGCCUGCCUCUUUCCUCCCCUCCUUUACAAUUCUGUGGAGCUCAUCCUUCGUGGCUCAUCCCUGUCUGCCUCGCCUGGCAUUGUUCCCUGAGGUCCUGGCCUGUCCCGCCCGCCCGAGUGUUUGGGGAGCCCGGGCUCCCUUUCAGCAGCAUUGAAUUGACCCCAGGGAUGGACAGAGCUCAGUUGAAGUUGUGAACGAAAACGGUUUGGCCUUUCUCCCGGGAUGGGCAAUCUGGGCAGUACUCUGGGCUUUCCUUAUUUUAAGAAAGAAAGUGUUUUUGGGAAAUGACUCGGUGCAAAGCUGUGGAAAGAUGGAAACUGUGGGUGGAUUCCUUGGAGGAAUGGCUUCGGGGCAGCCACCUUCUGGAAAGGGUCCCCCUGCAGCCCUCCCGGGAAGGGGGCAGGGUGGGCUGCUGGGCGAGGGGCCGUGCUUCCUCACCUUCAGACGGGAGAAAUGGCCGCAGUGUGUGUUUCGGCGGCUGCUGAGUUUACAGGAAGAUUAUCGUGGAGGGGAAUUCUUACCUGACAAACAGCUCCAGGGGAAACGCAGUUCGGGCUGGUU